GGACAGGUGGCUCCUUCUUGGGAUCCAACAGGGCAGAAAGGAAUCUUUUCCUUAUUAAAGGACUUCAGUGUUUCACGGAAUGAGUCUCUUCCCAAUUUACACUCACAAGAUGAAGCCAGUGUUCAGCGAAUGAGGAAACAGUUUCGAAUGAAGAGGGAUUUUUCUUUAUAGAUAUCUCUUCAAUUCACAAUCGGAUGAAGGUCCUACAGGUCGAUCCCAUUGGCAGCCCACGUUUGAGCCCAGAGCUGAGCUGCCUGAACACAGCAGAUUUUUCAGAAGAUUUGAAAGGAUGCACCUGCAGAGUCAUCGCACUGGACCUCUUUGGGAAUGACUUCUGGAUUGCAAAUAAAUUGCCUCUCGGUCAGGGAGUGCAGCUGGAAACUCACCGCGCCGCAGAGGCGUGGCAUACAUCAGGACCCAGGUGUGAAGUCAGAGACACACAGGCAUGGGUCCUGCAAUGUUUAUGGCUUUUCGUUCAUGGGACUGGUUACUACUGCUGGCGGUCCUGACCUGUUCGGAAGCAUCAUCGUACGUUAAUGAGUCCUCCAAUCCCACUGCCCAGCAGGCACCGGAUGCUCGGUUUGCUGCUUCUAGGUCAGACCCCGAUGAAGGAAUAUCUGUUUUUGAACUGGAUUAUGACUAUGUACAAAUCCCUUAUGAAGUCACUCUCUGGAUACUCCUCGCAUCUCUUGCAAAGAUAGGUUUCCAUCUUUACCACAGGCUGCCACACCUCAUGCCAGAGAGCUGCCUCCUCAUCAUCGUGGGAGCUCUGGUGGGUGGAAUCAUUUUUGGCACCCACCACAAAUCGCCUCCGGUCAUGGAUUCGAGCAUUUACUUCCUCUACCUCCUCCCACCCAUUGUGUUGGAAAGCGGCUACUUCAUGCCCACCAGGCCCUUCUUUGAGAACAUUGGUUCCAUCCUGUGGUGGGCGGGCCUGGGAGCCCUGAUCAAUGCCUUUGGCAUUGGACUCUCUCUCUACUUCAUCUGUCAGAUCAAGGUCUUCGGCCUUGGUGACAUCAACUUGCUACAGAAUCUGCUAUUUGGCAGCCUCAUCUCGGCGGUCGACCCCGUGGCUGUGCUGGCUGUUUUUGAGGAGGCACGUGUGAAUGAGCAGCUUUACAUGAUGAUCUUUGGGGAGGCCCUGCUCAAUGACGGAAUCAGCGUGGUCUUAUACAACAUACUAAUUGCCUUCACUAAGAUGCACAAAUUUGAGGACAUAGAAGCGGUGGACAUUUUGGCUGGGUGUGCCAGAUUCGUCAUCGUGGGAUGUGGGGGAGUAUUUUUUGGCAUCAUUUUUGGAUUCAUUUCCGCAUUUAUCACACGUUUCACUCAGAACAUUUCUGCGAUCGAGCCCCUCAUCGUCUUCAUGUUCAGCUAUCUGUCUUACUUAGUAGCCGAGACACUUUAUCUCUCGGGAAUCCUGGCCAUCACAGCUUGUGCAGUGACCAUGAAAAAGUACGUGGAAGAGAACGUGUCCCAGACAUCGUACACGACCAUCAAGUACUUCAUGAAGAUGCUGAGCAGCGUGAGCGAGACCCUGAUCUUCAUCUUCAUGGGCGUGUCCACCAUUGGGAAGAACCACGAGUGGAACUGGGCUUUCAUCUGCUUCACUCUGCUCUUCUGCCAGAUCUGGAGAGCGAUCAGCGUAUUUACCCUCUUCUAUGUCAGUAACCAGUUUCGGACUUUCCCCUUCUCCAUCAAGGACCAGUUGAUCAUAUUCUACAGCGGUGUGAGAGGAGCAGGGAGCUUCUCCCUUGCGUUUUUGCUUCCUCUGUCCCUUUUUCCUAGGAAGAAACUGUUUGUUACGGCAACCUUAGUAGUUACAUACUUUACUGUAUUUUUUCAGGGGAUCACAAUUGGCCCACUGGUCAGGUAUCUGGAUGUCAGAAAGACCAAUAAAAAAGAAUCCAUCAAUGAAGAGCUUCAUAUCCGUCUUAUGGAUCAUCUGAAGGCUGGGAUUGAAGAUGUUUGUGGGCAGUGGAGUCACUACCAAGUGAGAGAUAAGUUCAAGAAGUUUGACCAUAGAUAUUUACGGAAAAUUCUAAUCCGGAGGAACCUGCCAAAAUCAAGCAUUGUUUCUUUGUAUAAGAAGCUGGAGAUGAAACAGGCCAUUGAGAUGGUAGAGACUGGGAUACUGAGCUCCAUGGCUUCUCCCACACCCUAUCAGCCUGAGAAGAUACAGGGAAUCAAGCGGCUUUCUCCCGAAGAUGUGGAGUCCAUGCGGGACAUUCUGACAAGAAACAUGUACCAAGUUCGGCAAAGAACCCUGUCCUACAACAAAUACAACCUCAAACCCCAAACAAGUGAGAAGCAAGCCAAAGAGAUCCUGAUCCGGCGCCAGAACACCUUGAGGGAGAGCAUGCGGAAAGGCCAGAGUCUGCCCUGGGGAAAGCCGGCAGGUACCAAGAACUUUCGCUAUCUCUCCUUUCCUUGUAGCAAUCCUCAGGCAGCAAGGAGAGAAGCAAGGGCUGCUGAAUCCACAGAUGAUGAUGUCACUGAUUCAGGAUUCCAGCCCUUGAUGUUCAGCGCACACUCGAGGGCAGGCUCCCUUCAGGAAAGGCGACCGACCCAGGCAAUGAUCCCUAUGAAGAGGCUGCAGAGAGGAGAGAAGGCGCUUAGCUUCAGCUACCGAAGCAACACCAGCUGGCAGGACCAGGCCGGAUGGCGCGGGAUGGAUGUCCUCCGGCCCAAGCCGCUGUUCUAUGCAGUGGACGAGGAGUAUGACUCUGGAGAGCAGACAGAGGAGGAGACCUCAACAAUCCUGUCCAGAUGGACAGCUGAGCACAGACACACCAGAGAGCACCACAAGUCCCACAGUCCUUUGCUCCAUAGGAAAUAGCUCCUCAUUCUCAGAUGGCUGCUGGUUCUUUCCAGAGUCCCAAAUCCUAUUUUAUAAAACGAAAAUUCUCACAGUUGGGAACAAUUACCAAGUUCGCACUUUUUUUUUUUUUUUUUAAACUUCCGGACACCAUUCUACAGGUGAAUGAACUUGAACUCUCACAGUGAACUUGAAGGCCAAGCCACACUCUUGUACCUUUGUAGACGAAUCCUGUGUGCAGGAGAACAUCACUCCUUCUCAGAGUAACCUGUCAUCUCUGACGAUUGCAGAAAUCCAUCAAGCACUCUUGGUCUCCUCCUAGACAUCAAGAGGAACGCUGGGAUUUGGAGAUGCAUAAUGAUGGAAGCCUCUAGAAAAACCCACCUCUGAGAAAAGAACCAAAGAACAAAGGCAUUUUCAUUUAGAAUUCACAGGAACCCUCUACCACAACCCUCUGGUCCGUGGCAUAUGUCCAGAACUAUUCGUGAUUGGUCAGUAGUUCCUAUCAGUUGUAUGGAUAUGCAAUGUGUAAUCAAUUAGAAAUGGCAGGGCUCUUUAAAUUCGUCUGGCUCAGCUCCUGGCAUUUGCAAAUUGAGACACGUUGACAAUGGUCCCCUGGCAUAUUGGUCACCUUGCAAGUUGUAUGCCUUUGGCUUUAACUUUUUUUUUUUUUUAAAUAACUCCUUUAUUUUCAAAGAUACAAUAAUGUACCUCAAAUGAAACGUAAAAUUUGUUCCACAUUGUUAUGUUUAAUCAGUGAUAUAGUGAUAUUGAUAGAUGUGAUCUGUACUCUAGGAGCUGGUCUUAAGAAUCUAUAUACUAUUUUUAUAAUUAGUGUUAAUUUAAAAUAAAUUUUAACAAUAUAAGAGCUACAGUUUAAUAA